AUGUCGAAACUCAACCCCACAACCACACACCGCGAGUUCUCGGGGGUCCCGGGAGCCUUGGCUAUUGCCACGGGGUUGCCGGUAAUUCUCGUGCUUUUCUACUAUCUUUGCAACGAGACCUAUUCGGUCCAGGGCAUCUCAGUUAGCGUGGAGCAGGUGCGAGCACAGCUUCCACAAAGCCUCCACGAGUUUGCGCAAUUGUGCUUUGACAAGCAGUGCUGGGCAGCGUACACUGCGUGGUUCUCUAUUCUCGCAGUGUUGGACAUCUACGCGCCCGGAAAAGAUAUUCCCGGGGUGACGUUGAGAGACGGCACGCGGCUCAUGUACCGCAUCAACGGCACAUCCAUGUCGGGCUUGUUGUUCGCGUUGCUUUUGGCAAGACUCCUCUCGCUGGAAAACUACUUCAUGCCGGAGCUCCAGUUUCUCUACGACAACCAAUUGAAGUUGACCUUGACCACGAUCAUCGCGUCGUUCGCCAUGUCGUUUUUCGUGUACGCCAUGUCGUUCAUUCCCUUGCGCAGGCCCAACGGCGCCGACACCAAGGAGAGGAUCCUCGCCGUGCCGGGAAACACCGGGAACCCCAUCUACGACUGGUUCAUUGGCCGCGAGUUGAACCCUCGGAUCGGCGCGUGGGACAUCAAGUUGUUCUGCGAGUUGAGACCAGGCAUGCUUCUCUUGUUCUUGAUCAACUUGUCGUGCGCCCACAACCAGUACCACACCACCGGCAAGGUCACCGACGCCAUGAUGCUCGUCAAUUUCCUCGAGGCGUUCUACAUCUUCGAUGGAGUUUUGAACGAGGAAGGCUGUUUGACGAUGAUCGAUAUUGCCACGGACGGGUUCGGCUUCAUGUUGGCCUUUGGGGACUUGGCCUGGCUCCCCUGGUCGUACUCCUUGCAAUGCCGGUACUUGGCGCUCCCCCAGAACUACUAUGAGUUGGGCCCCACUAGAACGGUGCUCAUCCUCGUCACCAGCUUCGUUGGCUACUACAUCUUCCUGUCGUCGAACCAGCAGAAGUCCGACUUCAAGAACGGAAAGUUGGACCACAUGGACAGCAUCUCCACGCCCACCGGGUCGAAGCUUCUCGUGGACGGAUGGUGGAAGCUCAGCCAGCACAUCAAUUACUUUGGCGACUGGAUCAUAGGGUGGUCGUGGUGCUUGCCGACAGGCUCCAUGACCGUGUUCACGUACUUCUACGUGAUCUACUUUGCGACCUUGUUGAUCCACAGGCAGACCCGGGACGAGGCCAAGUGCAGAGACAAGUACGGCAAGGCCUGGGAAGAGUACGAGCGGCGGGUGCCCUACAAGAUCGUGCCCUACGUGUACUGA